CUCAACAGACGCCAGCAAAGGGGUCCUCGCGGUCCCCUAUCCCAGCUCGCCCAGCGGCUGCGCUCGCUCUUUCUCGCCGCCAUCUUGGCUCGGUGCUGCUGAGGCCUGCUGGGAACAGGACUUCAAGACAACACCAUGACUGGCAGGUUGUGGUCCAAGGCCACUUUUGCUGGCUACAAGCGAGGUCUUCGAAACCAGAGAGAGCACACAGCUCUUCUGAAAAUUGAGGGAGUUUAUUCCCGUAAUGAGACAGAAUUCUAUUUGGGCAAGAAAUGCGCCUAUGUGUACAAAGCAAAAAACAACACCGUGACGCCUGGUGGCAAACCCAACAGGACCAGAGUGAUCUGGGGGAAGGUGACCCGUGCCCAUGGAAGCAGCGGCAUGGUGCGGGCAAAGUUCCGCUCCAACCUACCUGCCAAAGCCAUUGGACACAGAAUCCGAGUGAUGCUGUAUCCAUCUAGAGUCUAAAUUUAGAGUGAAAAUAAAAUUUAAGACUAUAUUCCACUUUUGUAUAUUUGGUCUUGCCUUGCCUUUUUGUUUCCUGUCCUUGAGGCUCAGUUGCAGGAAAACACUGUUCUACAAUCAGAAAAUUCUUUGUUGUUUUUAAGGCAUUGAAGCAACAGAUUAUUUUUAAAAUAAAGCUGUGGUCCAUGUUCCUGGCAGCAACUCA